CUCAACUACUUAAUAGUGCUCUGAUUUCACUCUUCCAUCAUAAAAGGCGUGGAGCAAAAUCCAUAUUGCAGAGGAGGUGGGUGUUUCAAAGUUAAAGCUCCAUUUUUCUAGAGAAAUUGUCAAAAAAAAAAGAAGCAAAAAAAGGGGCAAACUUUCACCUCUAUCUCUCUCUUCCACUACUAUUGUUCUUGUUUCUACACCUCUCCUUGGUUUUUGCUUCAAAUCUCUUCAAGGAUUGAAAAGGGUUCUUAAAGAUCCCAAAUUUAAGGGACCCACCUCAGAUUUUCAGUGGGUUUUUUUUAUUUUUGUGUUCUUGCUUAAUUUGUAGUGGGUUUUUGGCUGCAAAUUCGAAAUGGGUAUCGCCAAUGAUGAUGCUGUUAAACAGUUUGAGUGUUUAAUGGAAGGAGUUGAUGAGUCACUGAAGCAGACUUUUCAGAAUAUGCAUCAGGGGUACCCAACUGAAACUCUUACUCGGUUUCUUAGAGCUAGGGAAUGGAAUGUUGACAAGGCACACAAAAUGUUGGUUGACGCUUUGAAUUGGAGGGUACAAAAUGAGAUUGACAAUAUAUUAACAAAACCAAUUCUUCCUGCUGAGCUUUACAGAAAAGUGCGUGAAUCGGCGCUUAUAGGACUUUCGGGUUACUCAAAGGAGGGUAUGCCUGUCAUCGCUGUUGGUGUGGGGCAUAGCACAUAUGACAAAGCAUCUGUACACUACUAUGUGCAGUCGCACAUCCAAUUGAAUGAAUACAGAGACCGUAUCAUAUUGCCAAUGGCAUCAGAGAAGUAUGGGCGACCAAUUAGUACCUGUAUUAAAGUACUUGACAUGACUGGCUUGAAAUUUUCGGCCCUUAACCAAGUAAAGUUGCUAACUGUCAUAACUACUAUUGAUGACUUGAACUAUCCAGAGAAGACGGAUACCUAUUACAUCGUCAAUGCACCAUACAUAUUUUCAGCAUGUUGGAAGGUUGUUAGGCCUCUUUUGCAAGAGAGAACUCGGAAGAAAAUUCAGGUUCUCCAAGGAUGUGGCAAGGAUGAUUUGUUGAAGAUCAUGGAUUAUGCAUCUCUGCCACAUUUUUGCAAGAGAGAAGGAUCCGGGUCCUCUCGACAUUCUAGAAAUGGGAUGAUCGAUAAUUGUUUCUCUGUAGAUCAUCCCUUCCAUCAAGAGCUAUACAAUUAUGUGAAGCAGCAAUCUAAUCCAACACCACCCUUGAAACAAGGAUCCUUUCACGUGGCGUUCCCCGAGCCUGACGCCAAUGAUGCCAGAAUUGCUAAAACUAUAGAAUCGGAGUUUCAUCGAUUGGAAGAUCAAAAGGAUCAAAACGGGCUUGUAAGAUCACUCUCGAAACAGCUAAGUGAUCUAGACAUCAAAAUUAACUGAUAUAGAGAACAUCCAGAAGGGGUUUCUUUAUCCUUUUGGUCCUCAGUCUUUUAGACACUGUACCAACGUUGAAACCGUGAAUUACUUCACUACGGCAUUAGUCCUUGAAGAGAAGACUUUCAUCUUCGAUUAUGUAUUAUGUAUCAAUGCUUAGCAUUACCUCGAUGCUGGCAUGUCGGAAAUGGUCGAGGCAUGAAAAAGCCACCUUAGCGUGGAUGUUGUAUGAGUAUCUCUACUUAUAUAUGUUUAGGCAGGACUGAACAAAAGCAGGUCAUAUUCAGAAUAUCUUGUAUAAUUUCUUUUAACCACCUGAUAAAUGAUUAUAUGUGUUCCCCUCGUUCUUGUUAUCUAUCAACAUAUAUGAUUACAUA